AUUCAAAUUUACGGAGAUUAGCAACCAGGUCAGGUCGCUUUUUGACUCUCUCUCUACCCUCCGAGGAAAAAUACUGCGAAAUCGAAACCCUAGCGCUGUCAGUAAGAGAAGAAGAAGAAGAUGCUGAGAGUGGCAGGGAGGAGGCUCUCAUCUCUAACAUGGAGAUCUUCGCAAGCAACCUCUUCCAUCUUCUCUCGUAAUCAUUCUCUUAGUGAUGGGGGCGACUCUUCGAUCUAUAGAUCUGUCUCCUCACCGAAUCUUCUCGCUCUCAAUUUCGACCAUCGACAUCUAAUCAGAGGGUUCUCUUGUGAUGCUGUCCUUCCAGAGCACGAUGUGGGUUCUGACCUUCCAGCUACUGUGGCAGCUGUGAAGAAUCCUACUUCAAAGAUCGUCUACGACGAACAAAACCAUGAGCGAUAUCCACCUGGUGAUCCCAGUAAGCGUGCAUUUGCCUAUUUUGUCUUGUCAGGUGGCAGAUUUGUGUAUGCCUCCUUAGUUCGUCUUCUGGUUCUGAAACUUGUUCUGAGCAUGUCCGCCAGCAAAGAUGUUCUUGCACUAGCCUCGCUCGAGGUUGACCUCUCGAGCAUUGAGCCUGGAACUACUAUUACAGUCAAGUGGCGGGGGAAGCCAGUUUUCAUCAGGCGACGAACUGAAGAAGAUAUCAAGUUAGCCAACAGUGUUGAUGUUGGUUCCCUUCGGGACCCACAGGAAGAUUCUGUCAGGGUUAAGAAUCCAGAGUGGCUGGUUGUUGUUGGAGUAUGCACUCACUUAGGGUGUAUCCCAUUACCAAAUGCUGGUGAUUUUGGCGGUUGGUUCUGCCCAUGCCAUGGUUCACACUAUGACAUAUCUGGCAGGAUCCGCAAAGGACCAGCACCAUUUAAUCUGGAAGUACCCACUUACAGCUUCUUGGAUGAGAACAAGUUACUGAUUGGAUGAAAAUUGAAAGCAACUAUUUUUCUGGAACGGUAUUCCAUGAAAUGUCUCCAUGGGUACUGUCGUCAACAAAUGAUGAUUUAAAAUUUUCUAUUUUUGUUGGCUGAAUCAGCAAUGAUUUAUUCUUCUGGAGAUUAUCUGUUGCUUUUUCCGGACAAGAUUGAGAGGUUCUGAAUAAUAUAUUCUUUUUGGGAACGUUUUCAA